UUCGUUUCUACUCAGAAUCCAAUACGCAAUAAUUCACCUAAAUUCUUCAUGAAGUUUUCUUUCACUUCAUCUUCAAGCUAGCUCUUCAUGGACAAAUAAAUGGCAAUAAAGAUGAAGUCAGAGGAAAAGUUGUGUUGUAGGCGUUUAAGCAGGGAGUUGUCCAUGGACAAUUCUAGCUUUGAAGUUUAUUAUAGAAAUGCAUCAGCGGCAGUUCCAUUCAUGUGGGAAUCGCAACCAGGAACUCCCAAAUGCAACUUCUCUGAAAUCUCAUUCCCUCCAGUACUCACUCCUCCACCUUCUUUUCAUGUCAAUAAGGAAAAAAAUACACUAAAGAAAUCCAACCUCUUACAAACUGUUCUUUUCCUUCCUAGAUUCAACCUCAAGAAAAGUAGGCUUCUAUCAUCCCCUACUAGUUCUAAUUCAUCUCCGUUAUCCUCAUCAACAUCGUAUUCUGUUCUAACAUCUCCAUAUGCACGGCGACAAGUUGGAUUUUCAUGUCCAAGAUAUUCAUUUGAUGAUCACGAAGAUGAUUAUGUGGUUUCCUCGACUCCAUGCUUUGGUGUUGCUCGUGGUGCUAACACUAGGAGUCGUGGCUGUUCUGCAAGUAUGAUCAAGCUAUUGUUCCGAGAAGUUGCAUGACAUGUUAUGAUUUUGAAAAAUAGUACUUGCGCAUGUAUGUGUAUCUUGCGCACAAUUGUAUGAAUAUGAGCAAUAAAAUUUAGAGAUUUGGUGAUGAUUUUGCUAGAAAUGUAUUUGAAGAAUUUUGUAAUUGUUAAGAAAUAUCCUAAGAGGACAAAAGUGUUUAUGUCCUUUACUUGAGUAGUUAAUUAAGAUGACUGAUGGCAGGUCAAACUUUUACUUUUCUAACGUUACAAGUUAAUUUGGAGAAGUUGUUAACAAAAA